AUGAUCUUCGAGUCCAGGCUUGAGCUCCCUCCAGUCCCUAAUUCUGACAUAUUCAAUUACGUCUUCCAUCAUGGGCGCAGGGAAUAUCCAUCUAACCGUGUACUGUACCGUGUUGAUGGAAAAGAAGACACCCUGACGCUCGGAGAUCUGGAAAGGAAAAGCAAGCAAUUUGCGCACGCUCUCCGUACGGAAUAUGAUAUCAGGCCAGGUGAUGUUGUGGGCAUCCUGGCAAAGGACCGGAUCGAGUAUCCUAUAGCUUAUUAUGGAGCUAUAGCUAGCGGUGCAACGAUUGCGUUGAUUCCAAUUCAGAAAGAAAUGUCCGAAACCGAUGUCGCAGCCAGACUUGAGCAGGCGAGAGCCAAACUUCUGAUUACAGACUCAGAGGUUCUAUUCCUGGCCGAGGUAGCGUCGGUAUUGGCCGGGGUUGUUCCAUUAAUGACGAUGGACGCAAAUAAGGAAGGAUGGACAUGCAUGGAGGAUCUGAUCAACGUCGGAGAUCAAAAUGCAAAUGUCUUUGAGAUAACUACCGAGAAGGAGGCAGAUGAACACGAAGCAUUCAUCAACAGAACUAGUGGCUCCACUGGAACUAUGAAGUCAGUUAUUACAAGUGAUGCUCACUUCAUUGCCACAAUGGAGGCCACAAAGAGGACAAUUCCAGACAACACAGAUCCCGAUAAUGAUGUCUGGCUGUCUCCUCUGUCCCUUGGGUUCUUCAUUAAUGCUAAGUUGAUGAUGGGGUUGAACAUCAUAUUGGGUAUCCCAGUGGUUCUCGCAGAUGGCACCCUUGAUGAAUCUAAUAUUGGAGUCAUUGAACGUCAUCGUAUCACCUUCCUCUUCAUCACUCCCCCACUCGCUGCUAGGCUAGCUCGAUGUGAUGUUAGCAGCGUCGAUGUGAGCAGUGUAAAGUGGAUGCUGACUGCAGGAGCACCAAUACAUGAAAACCUAAGACGUACAGUCUCAGAUAACUUUGGAGGAGUUCACUUGACCCUAGAAUGGGCAACAUCGGAGACCAUGCUUCUUGCUAUCCAGUUGGAUGAGUCGACCAAAAAGCCCGGGUCAAGUGGUACCUUGGCAAAUGGAAUCCAGGCCAAGGUUAUCAAUACGGAGACUGGGGCAGAAUGUGGAAUAGGGGAAGAGGGAGAAAUUCUCGUCCGUAACAAGCUUGCAAGGUACAGAGGUUACAAGGACAACGAGGCCGCAAACCAGGACUUUGAUAGUGAGGGUUGGUUCCACACCAAAGAUUACGGCUAUCUCGACGAGAAUUGCAACGUCUACAUCAUAGACCGUAUCAAGGAACUCCUGAAGGUUGGUGAAGGCUAUGGAUCUCACGUUUCCGCCAGUGAACUCGAGUCAGUGAUAUUUGAACAUCCAGCUGUUGCCAGUGUGGUGGUCGUUGGUACUCGGAACUAUGACACACAGAUGGACGAGCCAUCUGCUUUCGUUAUUUUAAAGCCCGAAUAUGCCAACAACAGCAAGGUAGCAAAGAUGAGGGUUGAGCAGUUUGCGGCAGAGAAACUGACCGGUCUGAGACGUCUCACAGGAGGAAUCCACUGGCUUUCGAGCUACCCAACGACUGGCUUCAAGGUUGACCGCAAGAAGCUGAAAGCCAUGGUUCCAGGGAAACAAAAACCCAUGGCAACUGGCCUUUUUGUUCCCCCUGUUUUGGCAAACUAG